CGUUUCAUGCGUCCUCCCAAAGUCUUUCAACUGAAUUUACAGUGGAAGGGAGCCAGUUUUGCACCCUGGAGGUUUUAUUUUCUCGCCGCAUAACCUCAAAAAUGAGCUGGGAAGUUCUUAGCCUAAGUCCUCCAAGCUGACCACAUUUGCGACCUUCAGAAGGACAAGGCUCGCAUAGACGUUAAGGCAGGGCUUGUCUGGGGACAGAAAGUAUUUAUCACUGUCCUCGGCUUUUGAAACAAUCGGCCAAUUCCACGGGGCAACCAGUAUGGAGGGCCCUCCACCUUUCGUGAUCGGUCAUCACGAUCCCAAAAGACCCUUACCAGUCACGGCGGACAACGUCCGAGAUGCCCAUUCUGCAAAUUAUGACAUGGUAACGACUCCUAUCACGACUCCACAUUUUCAUUCUCGGGUCUUAAGCCUCCUUUCAACGUCUCUUUCUCAGCAUGCCAUUGUUGCGGGUGAAGACAUCACCAAGACCAAGAAUGCAUCACCGGUUGUUGUGCCGGCUCUUACUCCGGCCGAUACUCCACUGAGCCCUGAAGAGUCGAUCAGCCAGAUCAUUGGAGUUACAAGCUCCUGGGUUGACUUGAAUUCUCCGGACCCCAUCAUUGCGGACGUGUCGCGACAAGUUCUGAGACUGGAACUGGCUUACGCUGCUUUCUGUGGUGUCAGCUAUGUUAUCAUUCCAGGUCCUCGAUUGCGAAGUCGAGGGGCAGCUGACAGCGGCAUCGCUGAGUAUGCCCGAGCAAUCCUAGACGGGCUCAGCCAAGGUCCUUAUAUGCAGAUUUAUAUCUGGUUCCCAAUCAUCGACAACCCCGAUGACGAGGGAGCUGAAAUGGGUGAUCUGCGAUCCUUCGCACGACAGCAAUUUUCAGACUUGGACGAGGCUGGGACGAAAAGACUAGACGUUUUUGGCUCAUGGGAAGCGUGGGACAUGAUUAGAUCGAUAUGUAAAUAUCCAUCUAGAUUAUGCGUAGCACUAUCCUUACCCAAGCUCUUGCCGCCAACACCUAUUCAAUCGCGCUGGUAUUCUGAACCCGUCCGCAUAAUCACGUUGGAUUCUAAGGUCUUCACCAAGAACGCCAAGGGCUAUCCAGUGCUUUCCCGAGCACAUCAAGCAUUCAUCAGCCGCUUCGUCUCAUUACGCACACCCCCAUGGUUUCUACUCUGCAACGUCGGCCCUAUCCCAACCACAACGAACAGCACUGCUCCAGCUUCUGCGACAUUCCCAACUCUAGCCGAAGCAGCGGAGAAUCAGCAUAUUAAAGAUCCAACACCGCAACUAUCAUACAUGCGCAACCUCCAGACCAAACAGCCCAUCCCGGACGCAAUCGCCAGCUUCGGCGCCGGAUACCAAGACUACCUCCAAGCGCCGUUGCAGCCACUCACAGUCAACCUCGAGAGCAUCACAUAUGAGGUCUUCGAGAAAGACCCAAUAAAGUAUGCAUGGUACGAGCGAGCCAUCGCCCGCGCAUUGCACGACUGGAUCGAACAAGGCAAGCCCACAUCCAAUCCCGAUGGCCGGGUGGUGGUAGCCGUCGUCGGAGCAGGUCGAGGCCCGCUCGUCACGCGAGCCCUCAAAGCAAGCGAAGACGUCGGCGUCGAGAUCGACAUGUGGGCACUAGAAAAGAACCCAAAUGCCUUCGUCUUGCUUCAGCGGCACAAUGAGACCACAUGGAACAACGGCGUCAAUCUGGUCAAAUCCGACAUGAGACUAUGGCGAGGUCCCGUUCGUCCGGCGACUUCCAAGCCCAUAUCACGCGUCUACAAUACCGAACAGGACGUCGAAAGCCAGAACGAGCCCAAUACCGAAGCACCUCGCGAGAGCUUCACUGGCUCUCCAUCGCUCGACUCCACAUAUCUUCUCGCCACCGCCCCAUCAACAUCCUCAUCGACCCCGUAUAAAAUCGACAUCCUCAUCUCGGAGCUGCUCGGCUCGUUUGCCGACAACGAACUCUCGCCCGAAUGUCUCGACGGGGUCCAACACCUUCUGAACCCAGUCCACGGCAUCUCCAUCCCAGCAUCGUACACCGCACACAUCAGUCCGAUCGCCGCGCCAAAACUACACGCAGAUAUCAUGCACGGCAUGACUCCGACGAACCCCAGCGCACCCGAGACGCCCUACGUCGUCAUGCUAAACGCCAUCGACUUCUUGAGCACGACGACCCCGGAGACCGCUCCCUUUCAGACAUCAAGCCCAACGUCUCCUACCUCGGCAACCAUGUCCACGUCUGCACCCAACACGCCGUACUCUCAAGCCCACGCCCGCUCUUCUCAACCUUCACCGUCGCCAUCCGCGCCCCUACCCGCUCCCAUCCCCGUAAUAGGAACGACAUGGGCCUUUCAACACCCCAACCCGGCCCUUCCGACCGCACCCAAGGACACCGCGGUAUCUAACGCGCACAACGCGCGCAGCACAACACUCACCUUCCCCAUUCCCAACCGCGGCACAUGCCACGGCUUAGCCGGAUACUUCGAGACAGUCCUGUACAGAGGCGUCGAACUCUCGACGAAUCCCAACACCAUGGACGCCAAGAGCGAAGGCAUGAUCAGUUGGUUCCCUAUAUAUUUUCCUUUAAAGGCUCCAUUGACAGUCCCCGACAACUCCGAACUCAGCGUGACCAUGUGGCGCAGGACCGACGAUCGGAGAGUAUGGUACGAAUGGAUCGUCGACGUCUUCAUCUAUCUCUCUUCUUCACCGGACGAUAGUACUAGAGGGAAAGCUCCUGCUGGCGGAGGCACGCGUGCACCUGGCAACAAAAGUCAUGGCCGUAAAGUGCGCAUCGGUGGAAGUGAGCUGCACUCCUCGGAAAAGGAGGCCUGUCUGAUGUAGCCAGGCUCAACAUCCCGGGCUGGGAGCUGGCAGGCUGAACAAGCCUCGUUCAGUUUUCUAUACUGUUAUCAAAACGCCCAGAAUUCUCCUGAUCAAGAGGAGAAUGACAUUGAUGUCUGUUCGAUAUCUCUAUGGUUCGGCCGUCCAAUCUGGCCCGUAUUGUGUACAUCCGAUGGACAGAUGCGUUGUGUUCAUUUUUAGAAGUCAUC